UUUCAACACAGAUGGGACAAAUUUGCACAGAAUAUGCUAAUAGGAUCAACAAUGACAAUGCAUUAUGCUCACACACAACACCAUCGUCACACAGUGUGACCCCUCAAGCGAGAAGCUGUGCUGACUGGGCAGAAAACCAUGAAUGAAGAGGUUAAAGGAGGUUAUUGACUUCUAUAAAAAGUCUCUCUCUCCUGUUUCCCUUCAUUCACUUCCUCACAUGACAGCACUAAUUGAGCGUUAGUUACAGAUGCGAUUUACAGUAUGUUGGCAGAACAAAUAAGAUCUCAUGCAAAGGACGAUAAAAAAUCUCGCAUUCCUGCUGAUUUAGGUCUGUGAAGGGAAGAAAAUACAAAGAAGUGGACCAGACUUGACCUGGAACUUCCCACUUUCCACCUUAAAUGUUUUAUUUUCGUCUGUCUGCCUGUCUGUCUGUCUCCAGCUAGGUUUUGCUGAUCUCAAUAUCGCAGAGUUUGCUGGUUCAGGCUCCACAGUUCGCUGCUGCAUCCUGGAGGGUUAUGACACAAAAAACACUCGACAGGACAACUCCAUCCUCAAGGUAACAAUUGGGAUGACUCUUCUGUCUGGGGAUCCCUGCUUUAAAACGAGGAAGAAGGACACUGUGGAGAGGCAGCCCAGCUGCGUGGACGACACCCGCAUUGAUGCAGACGACAUUGUGGAGAAGAUUGUCCAGAGUCAGAACUUCUCCGAUAGCAGCAACAAUGAAGACAGCAACUUGAGACUGUUUGUCAGCAAAGACGGGAGCACCGCCCUUAGCGGAACACAGCUAGCCAACAGAGGAACACCUGGUAUUUUUGAGCCGGUGGUCAUUGAGAGUCACUAAGAGACACGUCAAGACAUCUCCAGCCUAAUCGACUGCUUGUCUGUGACUGUGUAUGUGCAAGUAUGUUCACGCACAUCAUCAGUGCAUACAGCUUGAAAUAAGACUACUAUGAUGUAGAUAUCAAGCCUUUCUAGUAUAUUUAAUCAAGUGGUGUGAGGUGUGUAAUUGGAGAGGACCUUUUUUAAAAAAUCUAAAAUGAAGAAAGAAGCAGGCCUUUAUUUCUAUUUUACUUGUGUUAUAAGUACAGCUCCUGUUUGCCAUGUUAAUUCGCAGUUCCUGUUGCUUCCUGUUGCAGAUUUAACAUGUCUGUUUUACAUUAAAAGACUUUUCCAGGGAGAAUAGUUCCUCCCCUUUCCUGGAAAGCUUUUAUUGUGGAACAUCUGCAGGAAGUUUCAUUACAGCAGCUUAAACCUGCAGUAGUACAUGAGGCAGAUAAUCUUUGAAAAAAAUCGAAUUCUUUCAGCCUCUGUGAUUGGUU